CCCCUAGUCUCGGGUGCCCACGUGACUAUCUUAAACAAGACGAUCUAAGCCCGCAGUUGCUUGUGCUCUCUGACCCGGAUGUACAGAUUCACUCAGUGGCGCGCAUAUGAGACCUUAUGAGCUCUCAGGAGAGACACGGAGCGGCAUCAUCUUCCUCCUCCUCUUGUCCUUCAAGGCAGCUUGAACUUUUUCAAAGGAACACUAUUUUGGACAGAGGCCUACUGAUUAUUGGAAGGCUGAAAAAGGAUUUGGCAGCAAAUGUCCUGUCACAUCAGCAGGAUGUGGCCAAGAAUAAAUCUGACAGCUUGAUGGAUGAGGAGCUGUACUUCCAAUUUAUUGAGAUGGCGGAGAAAUGCCUGUACGAAGCCCUGAAGGCCAUCAAGAAGACCUGAACAAGGCAGUCAUUAGAUGACCACUUCAGGAUUCUGGCUGGGUUGCUGAUUGCUUCCUCAGGGCAUCGGACAGGCAUUCUCACGAAAUCAUCUCAAAGGUCACGUCGUUGAUUGAGCUGUGUUCUGAGUUGAUGGUGAUUCAACCCAUGGAGAAACCUUCAUUGAAGCAUGCUGAAGAUUUCCCUGUCCCGGACAACAAAUAUGAUUUCGAGGGGUCUGCUGAUCGCACCGUUGUGCACUGCUUGCAUUGCCACAAACCCCAGGACAAUCUUUCUGUUCACCUGGCCAGAGUCUGUAUGAAAAAACGCACGCCUGAGGAGAGAGCGGCCGAGGUCCAGAAAGCCAAGGCUUCGGGCAGAGAGUGGGUCCGCACCAACAGGACCUGGGACUACAACCAGCUCUGUGUGCUCCUGCCUGAUCGGCGCUCUCGGGUCACCAUGGUCAAGGAGUUUCUUCGGCGUGGUUUUUUUAUCACGAACCAGCCCCGGGAGUCUGACAGUGACGAAGAAGCUGAUGAUGCUCCAUCUGAUCUUCCUCAAAUCCGGUUCGUUCAGAGGGCUCCUGGCAUUAAACACUGCCAGAAGAUUGUGAGAGUGGCAAAGCCGGACGUGCUCAGGAUCCAGAGGGACCUGCAGGUGGGCAGAGAGAUCUCCAACACCGACCAGACGCUGUACCGUUAUUACUGCGAGGCAAUCUUGGUGUUUGUCCACAUGCAGCGUCCAAGAGCUGUGGAAGCCUUGACGGAUGCAGAGUGGGUGAACAAGACCAAGCUGGGUGACAGGUUUGUGAUCGGCGUACAGAGGGAGAAAACCUCGAGUAUGCAGAUCGCUCUGACACAAGAUGAGGAAGCAUGCUUGGAGCUGUACUUCAGGUGCAUCAGGCCUGAGAACAUUCAGCCGGAGAAACUCUGCAAGGGUUUCUUUGUCUCGUCGUCCGGCGUGGAGGUUCACAGUGUCUCGCGGGACAUGAAUCGGCUCCAUAAAUUGUACAAGCUGGCUCCUUUCUCUGCCCAGUGUGUGAAGAGGGCUGUUGAGGCGGCUGCAGAAAAGCUCCCGGUGCAACAACAGGGGGCACUGCACCAUUACCUGACCCUCAGCGCUGGUGCGGUCCGGCCUCAGGAUGUCGUCGACGCAGCUCUGCUACUGGAAUCAUUGGCCAGCACUUCUGAGGACGAGACUUCCUUGGCCACAAGCGGUGCAGCUGGACCCUCUCAGAAGGACUUUGCUGAGUUCGUGGCGAGAUUUCCUGUUUCGACGGAGGGUCAGCCGCCAUCCAAGAGGCAGCGGGUCGAAUCAGGUUUUCCAGAUGACCGCGUCUUCUAUGACAAGUGGCGGAUGACCCAGUAUGCCCAGAGAGAGGAAUAUCUGCUGUCACAUUUCACAGUUCGCAAGCCUUCGGUCGCAAAGGUGGCACGGCUUAUCGUGCAGGAGGGCUGGAAGGUCAACUGUCCUAAGCCGGAGCACAUCGAACGGCUGUGGACACCACCUUCGAAGGGAGCAGUUGAAGAUGACAAGUUCAUCCUUCGCUGCGUGUCUGAGCAGAACUGGUCGGGAUUGGCCAUCAAAGACUUUGGUGCCAAGCAAGGUUUAGGAGUCGUAGCAACAUGCAAUUUCUCCAAACACGACAUCGUCUGCGACUACCACGGCAGGGUCAUCCCAGCUGCAGAAGGGAGGGUGAUGGUGCAGGGCGUGCAUGACGAGGCCGGGUACGUGUUCUUCUUCAAAGCUGGACAGAGAGACCUGUGCAUCGACGCCCAGACCUUUCCUUGCGAGUGCCACCCUGGUACAGACACCGUUGGCAGGAGGAUCAACCACUCCACAAAAGCCCCCAACCUGAAGCCCUUUCACUGCAGGUUGCGUGUGAAUGGGGAGGACAAGGACAUCUACGGUUUGACUAUGGAGUAAAGAGGAAGUCCUUCCGUGGAGAGAUUCUUGUUUUGUGAGCUGGAGUGGCUGGACUUUUGAUUCUUGCUUUAUGGACUAUCAAUGUUACUGAUUUUGCC